GAAUUUGUUGAAGUUGUUCAGUUUAAGGAUAUAUGCUUUAAUAUCUCCGCCGCGCAAUUACAGGCCGUUGCACUAUGUGGAAUUAUUAACUGUGGGUUUCCCUUUUCUUGGUCUCAGUUUCCAUGGGUUAUUUUCUUUGAAUCUUUCCCUUUAGAAACGGUCAAAGGAGAGGCUCUUUGCCUUUUGUUAUUGUUUGAAUAAUGAUAGGCCUGCGGCCGUUUAGCAUUGCGUGACCGUAGGACAAAUACCGUGCUCUAGCUGAAUAAUUUGCCAGUUGCCGUUUAUAGUCCUACCGUACUUCCAAACGGCUUUGAGUCUAAUCGAAUUUUCUUGAUCAAAAUGGCUGGAAGUAAGGGACCAGCACCGGAAAUGCAAUUGGAACAAAACGUGACUCACUAUUGUGUAAAUGGCACCACUCGUACAACUGCAUGCUGUCUGAAUGCCAGCACGAUGGCGUUCGUGCCAAAGGAAAAUCCCGAAGAGAAGCUCUAUAAAGAGCCCGCUGUCUGUGUACCAACCUACGCGCGGCUUUCUGAGAUCGCAAAUAGCCUGGGCUUCGAAAUGGAAGAGAGUGAGCUGAUGGCUUAUCGAGAGGCAAUUUCUAGUACCCUGGCUGAUACGUACCAACGGUUGUACGAGUUACCCGACCCCAAACUACCAGUGAAAUAUCCACGGACUCCAGGUUACAGACCAUCACCAGAAGACAACCCUUACAAUGCUUGGUAUUGGCGAUGUGACAUUAAGGGAGCAUCAAGUGGUAAACUUCGCGGCAAAACUGUGGCUAUCAAGGACAACACAUGUGUGGCAGGAGUACCUAUGAUGAAUGGUUCUCGUACCCUGGAAGGAUUUGUCCCGGAUGUGGAUGCUACUGUAGUGUCUCGGAUAUUGGAUGCUGGUGGACACAUAGUGGGGAAAAGUGUUUGCGAAGAUUUGUGUUGUAGCGGAGGUAGUUUUACUGCUGCCACUGGUCCGGUGGUUAAUCCACACAAUAAGACGAGAAUGUGUGGAGGGUCAUCAUCUGGUUCUGCAGCUUUGGUGAGUAAAAAAGUAAUAGGAAAAUAGGAAAACCAAGAAGCAAGAAAAAUGAU